AUGAAAUUCUCUAUCGCCAUCGUCUUCGCCAUCGUGGCAUCACUCGUCUCUUCGCAGAGCGUCUCCAGCUUGGUCGCCCAGCUCCCGUCCUGCGCUAUCAGCUGUCUAGCAACAGCCUCCUCCUCCGUCGGCUGCGGAAUCUCGGACUAUACAUGUCAAUGCGGCCUGAACAAGGACGCGGUCACCAGUGCUGCCACUUUCUGUGUUGUCAGCUCCUGCUCCUCAACCGAUGCGCUGAAAACAAACAGCAUCACAGGCGACAUCUGCAAAGCGGCGACGCAGAUCCAAACGUCGGCGACCCACGGCGCCUCAGAUGUUGUCGGCUCCAUCUUCGCGAUCGUUAAUCACCCGUCCACGAGCACCGCCCCGGCGAGCGCGCCAACUACUGUUGCUACUAGUGUUAAGGGAAUCACGGCGUCGGCAGCUUCAAACGCACCGGCUGCAGUCACGGGUGCUGCAUUGAGGGUCCACGGAGGUGCUCUCGCGGCAGCAGCAGCCAUGCUCGCCGCUCUCGCUCUGUAA